UUUCUCCCUUGUCUCUGCAAAAUUUGUCUUUCCCCCUUGUAUUCUGUUCUCCACACGUUGCUGCCUCUACUCUCCACACUCCCAACUCGCCGUAUCCACUGGUCUUUUGCCAAGCGAUUCAUGACGAUCAGCAGCUUCGACAGCCUGACGCCUAUCGAGACGUCGACGAGCCCGGCGCUCAAGUUUGAGGUCUUGGCCAAGUGCUCCACCACCAAGGCCCGCGCCUCAAAGAUGACCCUGCCGCACUACACCGCGCACACACCCAUGUUCAUGCCAGUCGGCACAAUGGGCACGAUGAAGGGCGUCACGACCAAGCAGCUCGAGGCCCUCGACUGCCAUGUUAUCCUCGGAAACACCUACCAUCUGGGAUCGCGGCCCGGUGCCGAGCUGCUGGACAAGGCUGGCGGCCUACACAAGUUUAUGAACUGGAACCGCGGGCUGCUGACUGAUAGCGGCGGUUUCCAGAUGGUCUCGCUGCUGAAGCUGGCGAAUAUCACCGAAGAGGGCGUCGAGUUUGAGAACCCGCAUGAUGGCAAAAAGAUGAUGCUGACACCUGAAAUGUCCAUUGGCUUGCAGAACUCGAUCGGUGCCGACAUCAUGAUGCAGCUGGAUGACGUCGUUUCGUCGCUGACCACCGGCGCCCGCGUCGAGGAGGCAAUGUGGCGGUCGAUUCGCUGGCUCGAUCGAGGCAUGGCCGCGCACAAGCGCCCGAACGAGCAGAAUCUGUUCCCAAUCGUCCAGGGCGGACUCGAUCCGAACCUGCGCACAAUAUCCGCCCAGGAGCUGUCCAAGCGCGACGCUCCCGGCUAUGCGAUUGGCGGACUCAGCGGUGGCGAGGCCAAGGAUUCGUUCUGGCGCAUGGUGACCUUGUCCACCGAUGUCUUGCCCACCUGCAAGCCGCGGUACUGCAUGGGCGUUGGAUAUGCGGAGGAUCUGGUCGUAUGCUCGGCGCUAGGCGUCGACAUGUACGACUGUGUGUUCCCCACCCGGACUGCUCGCUUUGGUAACGCGCUGGUGCGCACCGGAUCCAUGUCGCUUCGCCAAGGAAAGUACAGCGACGACUUCCGGCCCAUUGACGAGGACUGCGACUGCCCAACGUGCAAAAACUACACGCGCGCCUACAUCCACACAGUGGCAACCAAGGAAACCACUGGCUGUCAUCUGAUCACAAUCCACAACAUCGCCUUCCAGAUGCGCCUGAUGCGCGAUAUCCGCCAGGCCAUCGUCGAUGACCGGUACCCGCAGUUUGUCCGCAGCUUCAUACGCCGGCGCUUUGGCAAGACAGUGCCGGCCUGGGUCGUCAACGCGCUAAAGUCUGUCAAUAUCGAUUUGACUGUCGCUGACGAGGACGGGUAUUCGGCAAAACCCAUCAGCGAGGACUUCCAGAGGGAGCCCAACAACUAGAGAUCACUAUUGUUAGAAGAAUCAAAACGGUCCUGUUGAAAAC